UGUUGGGGCCUUUUUGCUUAUUUGAAUAAAUUAUUUAGGCUGAUAUGAGAUUUUUUUUUUAUUCCCUUUUGACUCCUUAGUUGCAUGGUCUGCAACACCUGCUCACAUUUUUGUAACAUUCUGGACAGUGCAUCUGUUGUUGAAGAUAGCUUUGAAUAUCUUGAUGCACCUAUUGAGAGGAUUGCUGGGGCCAAUGUACCAAUGCCUUACGCAUCGAACCUUGAGAAAAUGGCUCUACCACAGAUUGAAGACAUUGUUCGUGUUGCAAAGCGUGCAUGCUAUAGAGCAGUACCAAUGGUGGCAGCAGCAUAAGCUUUAUCAUAUGUUUUGUUUUACUUUGAGGUAGUUUUCUUUGUUUUUUCUUGUAAAUCUUUUUUUUUCAUAAGUAUUUUCCAUCCUAUAUUACGUGGAAUCGGGUAUAUAUCCAACUAUUUAAGUAUCUGACUUGGCCAUUUUAUAUAAUAAAGUUCCAUGAUUUUGGCCCCGAAUGAAGUGUGAAGUGUCGGGGAUCCCACACAGGUUCUUGAGGUAAGAUGAAGAGUUCAAGUAAUGUAGCUUCCACCACACCCAAAAAUUAGGUGGUUUGGGGAAUUUCAGAUUAUAUAUUACCUCUGCUUUGAUGCAACAUUUUAUUUUUUUAAUCCACUCACCUAAUAGGAAAAUGUUGCAUUUAAAAAAAGAUCAAAGUAUUGGAUAUGCUGAUUUACAUUGAACU